UUUAUACUUCACUGCUAUAAUUUCAGAUAUCAGAAUUCGUUAUUGACAGUUUUACUCUUCGUUUAGUAUCUGAAUGAGAUUUUAAUUUUUUAAUGUGUGAUUUGGACUACAUGGCAAAUAAUAUUGGGUUCCAAGUGGAUCCAGCCGAACUUAACAACGAGGAGGUUAAAGAUGAAGAAAAGAGCCCCUCGCCUAGGAAAGGCGGGCUAUCCAUACCAUUGCCGGGUUCCGAUGGAUCAGUGAAGGGGGAGAGCCGGAAAUCUGAACCCAGUCCUAGAGCGGUUACUCCUCAGGAUGAUCGGAAGUACUGGUACGGUAUGUAUCCGAGCUAUAAGAGCAGAAGCAAGGAGUUUAAGAACUUGUUUGAUGUCGGAGACUCGAAAUUUGUUGUGGAUUUUGCUUGCGCGUACAACAAGGAUAUUUUACAUCAAGGUCGAAUGUACUUAUCUGUUCAAUAUUGUUGUUUUUAUUCCAACAUAUUUGGUUGGGAAAACAACAUUCAGAUUGACUGGAAAGAUGUUUCAAGGCUAACAAAGGAGAAAACUGUUUUUGUUAUUCCCAACGCCAUUCAGAUCAAGACGAAGGAUACAGAGUUCUUCUUUACAACAUUUGCUAACAGAGACUCCACCUUUGCUAUAAUGUACAGGUUGUGGGAGGGAAUCAUGAACAACCAGAAUAUGACGGAUGAGGAGGUUUGUCAGAUCAUCAUGUGCCAGUACCCCGAGGAAGAGAGCGUGGAUGGAUCUGUUAACCAGGACUUGGAGACCAGCUCCAGUCCAUCCGUCCCAGCUCCGAGGGUAACCGAGAUGCCUGGUUUAGAUGAUGCGACACAAACUCAAGUUAGCACAUGGUUGAAUUCUACUCCUGGUACACCAAUCUUGGAUACAGUUCUACACAAAUCCAUAGAUCAGAUAUAUAACCUGCUAUGGUCGAACUCCAACUUCUACUUCAACUUCCAGAAGGACCGUGGAACUACAGAGCUUGAUAUUGGAGAGUGGGAGAAAACAGACACUGGAACAAGUUCCCGUGAGGUUGCCUACAAUAUGAAGAUGAAUAAUCCAGUUGGACCAAAAACUUGUCAGGUAAAAGAACAACAGCAGCUGUUAAAUAAAGAAGCAGGACAGCUGUACUGUAUUGAUACUGAAGCAUUUAACAGCGGAGUUCCCUACGCGGAUUCCUUCACUGUAAUCACUCAUAUCUGCGCAUACAAGGAGAGUCCGACCACGUGCAGGCUGGUCGCCAAGGCAGAGAUUGUGUUCAGGAAGGAACUCUGGGGAUUCCUCAAGGAAAAAAUAGAAACGAAUGCCUGGAAUGGUAUAAGAAACUACUACACAGAUCUAGGACGAGCACUAGAAUCAUACAGGGAAGACGAGUUUAAAGUUGCAGCUCCUCUUAAACCAAAACAAAACAGAUCUUGUCCUGUGAUCUGUACACCUACAAUAACAACAAGUUCAGAUAUUAAAUCAUUUUUCAACGGAUCCUCAUUACUACCCGUCAUCCUUGUAGUCGGGAUUAUACUGUGUUUGACCUGUACCCUGAACAUCUACGUACUAUGGAACCUGUACGGAGGUGGAGUAGGAGUGUAUUCUGAUACCAUCCUGGAGAAUCUACCAGUAGUUCCUAUACCCCCUGAGCUACUGCAGAACCUACCAGAGACUGAUCAGGAUUGGAUUCUGCUUCUCCGUGGACAGGCAGCUAGACAUCAUCAGAUUGCUCAGGAAAUAUCUUCGGCAUUGAGUAAGGUUUCUGAGGCGUUACUAGACUCUGAGAAGGUUUUGAAAAGGGUUGAGAAAUUAUUGACGACAGAGCUAGCGCCGAAAGAUCUUCAAGAAAUCUUUAAAAAUUUACAGAAGAAUAAAUUUGUCGAAAAAACUGAGCUCUAGUAUUUUUGUUUUGAUUUAGUAUUUUGUUUUGAUUUUUCUGCAUUUUUGUGUCAGAGCUUAUAUGCCAUUUAAACUAAAUUUUAAGUAGAAAAUUAAAAUAUGAAAUUUUAGUUUUAGUGGGUCACACUCCAGUUGUAGCGCAAUACAUUCCAGAGCAAUUGCACCUAAUUCCCUGUGAUAUUUUUCAAUAUAAUUACUGUGAUAAAACUUGAUUAUCAAUACCAUGUAUUAUUCUAGUUCGAGAUUAUAUUAUUAGUGAAAUAAUUUUUACAUAUUUUACAGA